UGCCGAACGACCUCGAGGUCGCAGUCACGAGCUCUGUCCGAUGUCUUGCGGGCCUCAGCUGAAUGGCGGGAAAACUCCGCCUUUGGCCUGGCCUACUGCAACGAAGACUCGACCAAGACUCGACCAGAAGUCUCAGACGGCGCGCAUCAGGCGCCUGACAUGAUGUGAAGCAAUCGACAAAAGAACGAGAGUUUCAGCCUUGUCCCGCCCACAGCAACGGGAGGCGGCUGUGUCCUGCGGUUCAUGGAGCCGGUCAAGUUUGAAAUCAGUGACUCCAAACUCGAGCACAACAACUGGCGCUUCCCCGCCACCCUCAAGACUUAUGCGCUGAGAGAGCUGGAGGAGGAAGAUUUCCUUGUCAAUCACAAGAUCGACCGUAGCUAUGACGAUAGUACCGUCCGGUUUAAGUUGCUCGUCGGAAAGGGCGUCAGCGCAAAUCUACUCGACACAACCAAGCUCCCCUUUCGCUCCGACAUUCUCGAGCAAGUCAAGAAGAACGGGUGGAUAUCGGACGAGUAUGAGCAUCUCUGGAGACGUGAUGGCGGCGGGUCGGCGUGCUUGAUCUCGCACAAGAUCCUGGUCUUCUUACUACAGACUCCACGGGAUGGCAGAUCCUUCACUUCGCUCUCCCUGGUGAACCGCGAACGCGCACAUUGUGGGGGCAUCUUCUUCACCGACGAAACAUACAACCUGGACAAGCUGUUGGGGGCGCAAACAUAUCUCAAUCGACAUCCCAAGGUCCCUCGAGACUUUGCGAUCCUGCCGUUCAAUGUGCUCGUACAUCACGUCGAGGAGACUCUUGGCUAUGUGCAAAAACUAUCGCGAGAGCUGACGAGCACGGAGAAGCGGAUCGCAGAAGGCAACAUUUCGCUCGACGAGAAUGGCGAUUACAAGCUACUCAAUCGGUUGAACCUCGAGCAUUUGCGAUUACAACGGAGGUCGAACUUCGAGCUGGAGCUGGCCAGGAAUCUUUUGAAAUACCUCACCGAGUAUCAGAAUCUGUGGAGCGCUCUGUGGGAAGGGGGCACCUCGUACCUCGAGGAAAUGCGGGAGAAGAUCGAACAGCAGAUGCGAUAUGCCGAGCAGGUCAAAGUGGAUCUCGACAUUGUUCCGAGGAGGAUCAAGGGGCAGUCGAAAACGAUUUUCAAUUUCAUCGCUCAACGAGACAACGCUCUCAACAUCCAACUGGCACAGAGCUCGCGCAGGAUCGCCGAGGAGAGCAGACGAGACAAUCUGCUCAACAUCGAAAUCGCCAAAGCGACGGCGCAAGUGGCGGAGGAGACGCGGCAGGACUCGGCGGCGAUGAAGACCAUCGCCAUCUUGACCCUGACAUUCCUCCCCGGCACCGCGGUCGCCUCGGUGUUUUCGAUGAACGGCAUGUUCAACUGGAGUCCGGCACCGGGCGGCCAGAUUGCAUCGCCGUAUCUCUACGUUUUCUUCGUGGUGACGGUGCCUUUGACCAUCUUCCUCUAUAUCGCGGUGAGUCCACAGUGCUGUCAAUGCUAUCCUGAGGCGGCACAUUCCCCUAGCUAUCCCCUGCUGACCAUGGGAUCAUAGUGGUGGUGGUGGCACAACUAUACGCAGCGACAAUUUCAGAAACGGCAUGACGAGGGCCUGCAGGACGUUGAGAAGAAGUUGAAGCUUGCGGUGAGAAGUGCAACCGGAACAUGGUGAUACCGGCUUCCCUGCCAUAGUAUACCCAUGAUGCACGACUUGAUUGAGCCUUGUGGCCGGCCGCGUAAGAUGUCGAUCUAUACAUAGCGUAUGCAGUAUCGCCCACACGUGCAUGCUGUGGUACAUCCUCGAUCAAUGUGUCCAAGAAUACAAAGUCGCCACUUGUCUGUGCCUUCUCGACCCCGAAUGGGUGUUGGAGCCCUUGCAAACGAAUUCGAAUCCAACAACCU